AUGGGGUUAAGUCAAGAAUGCGCUCCAGGGCUUCCCCUUCUGCUCUUUGAUGGUCUGUGUUUCCUGCAGACGGACCAGCAGGCUGAGGCCCGGUCCUACCUCAGCGAGGAGAUGAUCGCUGAGUUCAAGGCCGCCUUCGACAUGUUUGACGCUGAUGGUGGCGGGGACAUCAGCGUCAAGGAGUUGGGCACGGUGAUGAGGAUGCUGGGCCAGACACCCACCAAAGAGGAGCUGGACGCCAUCAUCGAGGAGGUGGAUGAGGAUGGCAGCGGCACCAUCGACUUCGAGGAGUUCUUGGUUAUGAUGGUGCGCCAGAUGAAAGAGGACGCCAAGGGGAAGAGUGAGGAGGAGCUGGCUGAGUGUUUCCGCAUCUUUGACAGGAACGCAGACGGCUACAUCGAUGCUGAGGAACUGGCUGAGAUUUUCCGGGCCUCCGGGGAGCACGUGACAGACGAGGAGCUCGAAUCCCUGAUGAAGGACGGGGACAAGAACAACGACGGCCGCAUUGACUUCGACGAGUUCCUGAAGAUGAUGGAGGGCGUGCAGUAAGAAGUCGGCCCUCCCCUCCGCGGAGACUGCGCGUCCUUAGGGCGUGGGGACGUCAUCGCCGCCCGGUCCCACUCCCGGCCCCGGGAGGGAGGCGCG